GCUCCGCCGCACGCGCAUGCGCAGUGCCCGCGGGGGCGACCAGGGGUCAGGACGCCGGAGGGCCCUUGGGGCAGGUGAGGAGGGAAGGGCGGCCCGGGUGGGCCCAGGGGCGGCCUGGGGCUGUGGUCACCCCCGGUGGCGUGCAGUGGCCGCCCAAUCCCGCUUGGGGCAGAGGGGGCGGCCAGGACACUGCGCUACCCUCCGCCCCCAUCCUCUCCGGAGGGACACACGCAGGCUGAGGGGAGCGGGGGGGACAGGAAGGAUCGGUCCCGCGGGGGGCUCAGGACCGGCCAUGGCAGCGCUGCGACUGCUGUACCAGGCUGCCCGUGCAGGCCCCCUGGCCCCACUGGGCUCCCUGCGCCCGCUCAGCACCAGCACCCCCAGGGACUGUUACAAGUACGUCAACAUCCAGGAGCCGGCCAUGGACAUGCGAUCCAUCACUGACCGCGCCGCCCAGACCCUGCUCUGGACCGAGCUCGUCCGAGGCCUGGCCAUGACCCUGAGCUACCUUUUCCGUGAGCCGGCCACCAUCAAUUACCCAUUUGAGAAGGGCCCGCUGAGCCCGCGGUUCCGCGGGGAGCACGCGCUGCGCCGCUACCCGUCCGGGGAGGAACGCUGCAUCGCCUGCAAGCUCUGCGAGGCCGUGUGCCCGGCACAGGCCAUCACCAUCGAGGCCGAGCCCCGCGCCGACGGCAGCCGCCGCACCACCCGCUACGACAUCGACAUGACCAAGUGCAUCUACUGCGGGUUCUGCCAGGAGGCCUGUCCCGUGGAUGCCAUCGUGGAGGGCCCCAACUUUGAGUUCUCGACGGAGACGCACGAGGAGCUGCUCUACAACAAGGAGAAGCUGCUCAACAACGGCGACAAGUGGGAGGCCGAGAUCGCAGCCAACAUCCAGGCUGAUUACCUGUACCGGUGACGGCCCCCACCCACCCCCCCAAAUAAAGUGUUUGGGGGUUCUCCCCCUCUGUUGGCACUUUGGGUGCCAGCCCCUUCCCAUAA